AUGAGGGCUAACUCUUUGUCUCUGCUAUUGUUGUCCCUCAUCUUCUCAGCCUUCCACACACCAUUCCUGCAGCUAGAAGCAGCUGAUGAUAAAAGGUCGUAUGUAGUGUACUUGGGACAACACUGGGGCGUUGAGAAAGGGGCUUCUAAAUUGGAUGCCCAUUCAAUCACUGAUUCACACUACCAGCUUUUGGGUUCUUUCUUGGGAAGCAAGGAGAAGGCAAGAGAGGCAAUCUUUUACUCUUAUACAAAUCAUAUCAAUGGCUUUGCUGCGAUCCUUGACAACCAAGAAGUGGCUGCUGUUUCUGAGCAUCCACAGGUCGUAUCUAUUUUUGAAAAUGAGAAAAGGGAUCUAGACAGGUCAGGGUCGUCGGAAUCUUUGGGAUUAGAGAGAAGCAAUGACGAGAUUCUUGAGGAUUCGACUUGGCGCAAGGCCAAUUUCGGAGAAGAUGUUAUCAUUGGAAACCUUGACACAGGUGUUUGGCCAGAGCUGGAGAGCUUCAACGACCAAGGCAUUGCACCUGUGCCAUUCAAGUGGAAAGGAUUAUGUGAUGCAGACUCUGGAAUUCAGUGCAACAGGAAGCUUAUUGGAGCGAGGUACUUCAACAAAGGAUUUGAAGCUGUAGUGGGCUCGCUGAACUCCUCUCAACUCACCCCUCGCGAUACUGAUGGCCACGGCACCCACAUGCUCUCCAAUGCCGCUGGUCGCUUUGCUGCAACCCCUUUCGGGUCCAGCCCAGGGAUCGCUAAUAGCGGCGCUCCCCUUGCCCGACUCGCUGCCUAUAAGGUUUGCUGGCUCGAUGGAUGUUUCGAUGCUGAUAUUUUGGCUGCCUUUGACGCCGCCAUUCACGAUGGUGUUGAUGUCCUCUCUAUCUCCAUCGGCGCCCCUUCCUUCGAUUACUUUUCAAAUUCUAUAGCCAUCGGCUCAUUUCAUGCCAUCCAAAAUGGGAUUUUAGUGGUUUCCUCCGCAGGCAACGAUGGACCCAAUCCUAACACUGUUACAAACAUGGCACCAUGGAUGCUCACUGUUGAAGCCACCAACAUUGAUAGGGAUUUUCCUUCUUACGUCGUCCUCGGCAAUAACGAGCGAUUCAUGGGGUCGAGCUACAUUACCAAUACUCUCCCAACCAAAACUUUUUAUCCUUUAAUACAUUCCGCGGAUGCUAAAGCUGCCAAUGCUUCAAUCGAGCAAGCGCUACGUUGUGCUUUUGGAUCACUUGACCCAACUCAAGUGUCAGGGAAGAUAGUGUGUUGUCAUCGUGGUGGAUUUUCUAGAAUUUAUAAGGGCUUUGUAGUCGCUCAGGCUGGGGGUAUUGGGAUGAUCCUCUACAAUAAGAAGACCACUGAAAACAUCUCUCCUCGAUCCCAUAUUAUACCUACUUCACAAGUCUCUGCAAGUGAUGGGCUUGCCAUUUUAUCAUACAUCAAUGAUUCAAAAUCACCAGAGGCUUACAUUAUUGGAGCAACAGAAUUGGGUAUAAAACUAGCACCAGUGGUACCUUUUUUCUCAUCAGUUGGACCUAAUAAAGUCACUCAAGAGAUCCUCAAACCUGACAUUGCUGCAUCUGGGAUGUCUAUUUUGGCUGCAUACUCAAAAGCUCUAGGCAGAGGGCCUUCUUUUCUUCCAUCAUAUGAGCAUCGUGUCACGUUUAGUUUUGAUUUUGGAACUUCAGCGUCGUGCUCUUAUGUUCUCGGCAUUGCAGCUCUUCUGAAAGCCAUCCACCCUAGUUGGAGCCCCGCUAUCAUUCGAUCUGCAAUUAUGACCACUGCCAAAACAAGGGCUAAUAUGAGAGAGCUAACGGUGAACGAGUCCUUGGCAGUGGAAAACCCUAGUAGCUAUAGGGCAGGGCUAAUUCGACCCAACCAUGCAGUCAACCCUGGCUUGGUAUAUGAUGUAAGUACCCUUGAUUACUUGAACUUUCUUUGUGCCAUUGGUUACGAUGCAACCAAACUUUCGAGAUUUGCAAAUGAAAACAAUAAGCCAUACGAAUGCCCGCUAAAUGCCCCCACCAUCAUGGAUUUGAACUACCCCUCAAUGAUCGUCCCCAAUCUCUUUGGUAAGAUUAAGAUGUAUCGAACAGUCACAAAUGUGGGAGCUUCAGGUAGCACCAUAUACGUCGCUCGCAUCCAAGAACCUGUCGGAAUAUUAGUUAGGGUUGAACCAGAGUGGUUGAAGUUUGAGAAGGUGAAUGAAAAGAAAACAUUCACGGUGACUCUUGAGAGGAAGGAGAAAGAAGAUGAGGAUGAUGAUGGCGGCAACUGUUAUAAGUUUGGAAUGGUUAUAUGGUCAAAUGGGGCACAUGUAGUAAGGAGCCCUCUCGUGGUCGGUCUAAGCAACAAAGAGGGACUAAAAUGAGCGAGCAUUGAGUGGGAACCACCCCCAACUCCUACCAUGUUGCCACAGUAUGCAUGAAGUUUCCAUCUUUUUGUUGCAUGUAACAUAAUCUUGGAACUCUAUAUGCAAGCAACAAUGAUUUCUUUUUUCCAAGUACAUCUACUUGCCCUAUGUUUGAAA